CCACUUUUUACCCUUUGUGCAACUACCGAUGCUUCGUGAGAGCUAAGAUGUAUAUAAGGUGGGGUUGCCGAGUAGGAGGUAUCCAGUCUAGCAACAUCACAACAAUGGCUCUCAAGCUGGUCGCUCUCUCUGCCCUGAUAGCCGUGGCCAGAGCAGGCUACGCCACCCCUGCAUACGGCCACGCAUACGCCGCCCCAGCGUACGGACAUGCGUACGCCGCCCCCGCCUACGCCGCCCCCGCCUACGCUCCCGUGGCUAAGUACGCACCAGUUGCCAAGUACGCCGCCCCCGUCGCUUACGCUGCUGCCCCAGCCUACCACGCCGCCCCUGCAUACGCCCCUGCCUACGGCAAGGCUGUCGUUGAUGAGUACGACCCCCAUCCCCAGUACUCCUUUGCCUACGACAUCCAGGACGCUCACACCGGAGACUACAAGAGCCAGCACGAGAGCCGUGACGGAGACGUCGUCCACGGAUCCUACAGCCUGGUCGAGCCUGACGGUUCCAAGAGGACUGUAGAGUACACCGCUGACCCUCACAACGGAUUCAACGCCGUCGUCCACAAGGAGGCUGGAGCUCACCCCGCGGCCUACGCCACCCCCAAGUACGCCGCCCCUGCUUACGCCCCCGUCGCUAAGUACGCUGCUCCCGCUUACCCAGCAUACGCCGCCCCCGUAGCUAAGUACGCCGCCCCCGCUUACCCGGCCUACGCUGCCCCCGUUGCCAAAUACGUUGCUCCUGCCUACGCCGCCCCCGUCGCCAAGUACGCUGCCCCCGCCUACGCCAGCUACGCUGCCCCUGCUUACGCUUAUGGACACGGUUACCACUACGAGGUUCCAAGAAGUCGCAGACGAUGGAUGGUCCAGAGAGGUGAGCCCCGCCUGGAGGCUGGCCUUGGUCAGGUCGCCCUGCUCUGCUAUCAGUUCUUCUUCUUCAUUCGUCUCAUAGCCAUCAUGACCUCACAGAUACUAGUCCUGUUGUCAGCAGUUGCUGCUACGUUAGCCGCGCCUGCUGGUCCGGUAUACUCCACCCCCACAGUAUACCACGCCACCCCCACCUACCAUGCUGCCCCAGCCUAUCACGCUGCCCCCACAGUUUACCAUUCUGCCCCCACAGUUUACCACUCUGCCCCCACAGUGUCCUACGCACCAAAAGUGACAUACUCCGCUGGUCCCGUAGCUUACCACUCAGGCCCGGCCUACAACGCCGCCGCACCCCCUGUGGACGAGUACGACCCCCAUCCUCAAUAUUCCUUCGCCUAUGACGUCCAAGAUGCCGUCACAGGUGACGUCAAGAGCCAGCACGAGAGCCGCGACGGUGACGUUGUUCAAGGUGUCUACAGCUUGAUCGAACCUGACGGUUCCAGGAGGACGGUGGAGUACACCGCCGACCCGCAAAACGGGUUUAAUGCUGUCGUCCACAAAGAGGGUGGUGCUCAACCCGUAGCUGCGCAAGCGCAUUACGCAGCUCCAACAGCUCACUACGCAGCUCCAACAGCGCACUACGCAGCUCCAACAGCGCACUACGCAGCUCCAGCGGCGCACUACGCAGCAGCCCCUACUUACGCAUACCACCAUUGAUGAGUUAUACCAAAUGGAAACUGUAAAUAGCUUUAACUUAUUGUUUACUUUGAA